AUGUUUACAUUUUUACCAUUAGCAGUAUUGACCAUUUUAUGUGUCGUUUUAUCACUCUUUGCCAAAAAGGAGAAGCUCAUUCUCUUUUGGUUAUUGUGGUCGGGUCUCAUUCAUAUCAUUCUUGAAGGUUCAUACGGAUUCUUUGCUCAUGAAGUAACCAAGGCCUCUGAAGUUGACUUUAUGGAAAAGAUGUUUGAAGAUGUACCAAUGGAAAAAGCAUUCGACCUCCACUGGUAUGCUUCCCUCUACUCUCAAUAUGCCAAAUAUGACCUUCGUUAUGCCAUCGCUGACCCAAUGGUUGUAUUCUUUUGUUUCCUCGAACUCGUUCAAGGAGCUGCCUGUUUCAUCUUGGCUCUCUUUGUUGUCCAACAAUCCAAGUAUCGUCAUGCCCUCCAAAUCUUCUUGUCGGCACUCCAAGGUCUUGGAACCGUCUUUUACUUUAUCACACCAUACAUCUAUGGAAAGUGGGACGAAUUAAUCUCAUCUGAUCCAUUCGAACUCUGGGUAUACGUCGUCGGUCUCAAUGGUCUCUGGUUAUUGAUUCCAAUCAUCUUGACCAUUCAAUCAUUCAUUGCCAUUGGUAAAACUACUGCCAUUGCUGAAAAAUCAUCACAAAAGAACAAGGUUGCUUCUUCACCAAUCGUAAAGCAACAACAACCAAACCAAAAAAAGACAAAGAGUGCUUAA